GAAGGAGGAAGGACAGCACAGCUGACAGCCGUGCUCAGAAAGUUUCUGGAUCUCAGGCUCAUCUCCAGAGAGAACACGCAGGCGGCACAAGCCAUGGGGCCCCUCUCAGCCCCUCGCUGCACACUGCACAUCACCUGGAAGGAGCUCCUGCUCACAGCAUCACUUUUAAUCUUCUGGAACCCGCCCACCACUGCUCAAGUCACAAUUGAAGCCCAGCCAACCAAAGUUUCCGAGGGGAAAGAUGUUCUUCUACUUGUCCACAAUUUGCCCCAGAAUCUUACUGGCUACAUCUGGUACAAAGGGCAAAAAACGGACCUCCACCUUUACGUUACAUCAUAUGUAAAAGAUACUGAAACAGUUAUAGCUGGGCCUGCAUACAGUGGACGAGAAACAGUAUAUUCCAAUGCAUCCCUACUGAUCCAGAAUGUCACCCAGAAGGACACAGGAUCCUAUACCAUACAAAUCACAAAGCGAGGUGAUAGGACUGAAGGAGAAACUGCACAUUUCACCUUAUAUCUGGAGACUCCCAAGCCCUACAUCUCCAGCAGCAACUUAAGCCCCAGGGAGGCCGUGGAGACUGUCAUCUUAUCCUGUGAUCCUCACACUCGGGAUGUAAGCUACCUGUGGUGGAUAAGUGGUCAGAGCCUCCCUAUCAGUCACAAGUUGAAGCUGUCCAAAAACAACAGGACCCUCAUUAUAUCUGGUGUUACAAACGAUACUGCAGGACCCUAUGAAUGUGAAAUGAAGAACCCAGUGAGUUCCAGCCGCAGUGACCCAGUCACCCUGAAUCUCCUCCCGGAGCUGCCCAAGCCCUACAUCACCAGCAACAACUUCAACCCCAUGGAGAAUAAGAAUGUUGUAGUCUUAACCUGUGAACCUAAGACCCAGAACUAUACCUAUGUGUGGUGGGUAAAUGGUCAGAGCCUCCCGGUCAGUUCCAGGCUAAAGCAACCCGGUGAAAACAGGAUCCUCAUUCUAGCCAAUGUCACAAGAAAUGACACAGGACCCUAUGAAUGUGAAUUAUGGGACCGAUUUGGUAGCAUCUUCAGUGACCCAGUCACCCUGAAUGUUCUCUAUGGUCCAGACUUCCCCAGCAUUUUCCCUCCGUGCACCUAUUACCAUUCAGGAGAAAACCUCACCUUGUACUGCCUCGCGGACUCUAACCCACCGGCAGAGUAUUCUUGGACGAUUGAUGGGAAGCUUCAGCAAUCAGGACAUAAGCUCUCUAUCCUCCAAAUUACUACAGAGCAUAGCGGGCUCUAUGGUUGCUCUGCUCGUAACUCAGCCACUGGCAGGGAAAUUUCCACAUUCAAGAAAAUCAACGUCUCUGCUCCUUCAGGAAUAGGACAUCUACCUGGGCUUAAUCCGAUAUAGCAGCCAUGAUGUCAUUUCUGUAUUUCAGGAAGACUGGACUGCUGCUUUGAUUCUUCUUUGAAGUAUUUACAAUCAGCUACAGUCCAAAAUUGUUUUUACUUAAAGAAGAUAUAUGGAAAAGACUCUGAUGACAACUCUUGAAUACAAGUUUCUGAUAACUUCAAGAUCAUACCACUGGACUCUCUGAGAACUUUCAAAAUUUUAAUGAACAGGCUGAUACCUUCAUGAAAUUCAAGACAAAGAAGAAAAAAACCUCAAUUUUAUUGGACUGAAUCAUCAAAAGGAUAAUGUUUUCAUAAUUUUUUAUUUGAAAAUGUACUGAUUCUUUGAAUGUUUUAUUCUCCAGAUUUAUGAGAUUUCUCUUUGAAGCUAUUUAUAAUUUACAGCAAUUUGGUAAAGUAUACUUUUGAAAACAAAAAUUGAAACAUUUGCUUUUGCUCCCUAUCUGAGUGCCCCAGAAUUGGGAACCUAUGCAUGAAUAUUCAUAUGCUUAUGGUAAUAAAGCUAUUUGCACAAGUUCA